AUGCGUUGGUGUUCACACAUCGCGAGUGUCCUGCUGGGCUGCAUUGCGGCCACGGCUUCUGCUGCCCCGAGUCGGAUUCAUGACGCGCGGCAGUCUGCCGACAUUCUUCCAAGCUAUGACUAUGUCGUUGUCGGAUCGGGACCGGGUGGGGGCCCGCUCGCGGCCCGACUGGCCAUCGCCGGCAAGAAGGUCCUGCUCAUCGAGGCCGGCGACGACCAGGGCACCUCGAUCCCUUACCAAGUACCCGCUCUGAGCUUGCAAUCGACAGAGUACGGCCCCAUGAAGUGGGACUACUUCGUUCAGCACCUGAGCGAUCCCGAGGAGCAGAAGAAGGACACAAAGAUGACAUACCGCCUGCCAUCCGGCGAGCUGUAUGUUGGUCUCGACCCGCCAACUGGCGCUGAGCCGCUAGGCAUUCUGUAUCCUCGAGCGGGAACGCUCGGAGGUUGUGGAAGCCACAACGCGCUCAUCACGGUCUACCCCCACAGGUCGGACUGGGAUGGGAUCGCGACUCUGACCGGCGACAGCUCAUGGAGUGCCUCUAACAUGCGGAAGUACUUCCAGCGCCUCGAGAAUGCCAAAUACCUUCCCAACAGUAUCGUCGGGCACGGGUUUAGCGGAUGGCUCACGACGAGCCUGACGGAUCUGGGACUCGUGUUGCCGGAUAUCAAGCUUGUCACUGUCAUUCUGUCGGCCGCCUCAGCCACGGGCAAAGAUAUCAUCGGCCAGAUCAUCUCCACGAUCAAAGGCCUCGGCGAUAUCUUUCUCCGCGACAUAAACGCUGACCUACCCGGCCGGGAUGCCGCCGAGGGCCUCUACCAGGUCCCCAUCACAGCCGACAGUGGCGUCCGCGUGGGCCCUCGGGACUUCGUCCUCGCGACCGCCAACGCCAAGAAAGCGGAUGGCUCGAGGAAAUACCAUCUCGAUCUCAAGCUCAACACGCUCGUGACCAAGAUCCGCUUCGACCAGAGCGGCCCGAAGCCCCGUGCCGUCGGCGUAGACUUCAUCACAGGACAGAGCCUCUACCGUGCGGAUCCCCGAUCCGGCAACUCAGGGGAAGGGGCCGCUGGAUCCGUCGACGCCACAGCAGAAGUCAUCCUGUCGGCCGGUUCUUUCAACACCCCCCAGCUGCUCAAACUUAGCGGCGUAGGCCCUAAAGAGGAGCUCUCCUCCUUCGACAUACCUGUCAUAGUCGAUCUGCCCGGUGUCGGUACUAACCUUCAAGACCGGUACGAGACUAGUGUCAUUGGUGAGACACCGACGGACUUCCAGAUCACCCAAGGCUGCACCUUCGAUCGCCCCGGUACGAAUGACCCUUGCCUCAAGAAGUGGCAGAAUGGCGCUGCCAAUGGGAACCGCGGAGUUUACGGCUCCAAUGGCAUCAGUGUCGGCAUCGUCAAGAAGUCGUCAACUAGCGAGGGCGACCCGGACCUUUUCAUCGGCGGAGCCCCCCUCGCCUUCUCAGGAUACUUCCCUGGAUACUCCGCCGCCAGCACGGCCGAUGCCCGCCACUGGACCUGGCUCGUCCUGAAAGCCCACUCCCGCAACAGCGCCGGGACCGUCAGGCUUCGCUCGGCUGAUCCCCGGGAUGUGCCGCAGAUUGACUUCAACUCGUUCCAGGACGCAGACGCCGGGGCUAAAGACAUCCAGGCGGUGGUGGAUGGAAUGAAACUCGCCCGUAAGAUGAUAGACAGCGUCAUCCCGCUGAGCGGAGGCUUCACAGAAGUGUGGCCGGGCAAGAACGUGACGGACGAGCAGCUACCCGAGUUCGUCAAGUACGAGGCUUGGGGACACCACGCGAGCUGCACGUGCCCCAUCGGCAAGGACGGCGACGCCAUGGCUGUGCUGGACUCGAAGUUCCGGGUGCGAGGAACUGAGGGGCUGCGCGUGGUGGACGCGAGCGUCUUCCCCAAGAUCCCCGGGUACUUCAUUGCCGUGCCUGUGUACAUGGUGAGCGGGAAAGCAGCCGAUGUGAUUCUGGGAGUGUAA